GGGAUUGUGGGUAGGUCUUCGGAAUCGGCCAUAACUGUCUUUCACAGCAGCGGCUGAAGGAGAGAAACGGAGUCAUGAUGACGGGCUUCAGAGGUUUCACUCAUCUCUCCAGACGCUGUUAUGCUGCCGCCGCCAGGAGGAACAAGGCUCUAACUGAACCUCUAAGCCAUAAGUCUGCAGCUCCACCAGUGCUCCAGCCACAGGAUGUCCAGGUGUCCAAGCUGCCCAGCGGUCUUGUGGUGGCCUCUCUGGAGAACUACUCCCCCGUCUCCAAAAUCGGUGUGUUUGUGAAAGCCGGCAGCCGCUAUGAGACUGCAGAAAACCUGGGCGUCACGCACAUGCUCAGAUUAGCAGCGAAUAUGACCACUAAAGGUGCGUCAGCCUUCAAGAUCUGUCGCAGUCUGGAGGCUCUGGGUGCUAGUUUGAGUGUGACGUCUUCGAGGGAACACAUGGUAUAUUCCCUGGACUUUCUUAGAGAUGAUUUUGACGGUGUGAUCGAAUACCUUGUGGAUGUGACUACUGCUCCUGACUUCAGACCCUGGGAGUUGGCAGAUCUCACCCCGAGGGUCAAGAUCGACAAAGCCUUGGCUGAACAGAGCCCACAGAUAGGUGUCCUGGAGAAGCUGCAUGAAGCUGCUUAUAAAAACGCCUUGUCCAACUCGCUCUACUGUCCAGACAUCAUGCUGGGGAAGAUCAGUGUUGAUCAUCUUCAGCAGUUCUUUGACAAUAAUUACACCAGUGCAAGAAUGGCUCUCGUUGGAUUAGGGGUCAGUCAUGCGGCUCUGAAGACGGUCGGUGAGCGAUUCUUCGGUUCUCAUAAAGGAGCCGGAGCACCAGGAGCCAAAGCUGUGUACCGCGGCGGUGAGCUGCGGGUUCAGGGCACUGGAUCUCUGGUUCACGCUCUGCUGGCUUGUGAAGGAGCUGUGACGGGCUCAGCUGAGGCCAACGCCUUCAGUGUGCUGCAGAGGAUUCUGGGAGCUGGACCACAUGUCAAGAGAGGAUCCAACAUCAGCAGCAAACUCAGCCAGGGCAUCGCCAAGGCAACCGCUCAGCCAUUUGACGCCACAGCUUUCAGCACUACUUACUCAGACUCGGGGCUCUUCGGGCUCUACAUCAUCUCUCAAGCAGACUCGACCCGCGAGGUCAUCAGUUCGGCUGUGGCUCAGGUGACUGCUGUGGCGGAGGGAAAGCUGACCACUGAUGACCUUACCAGAGCAAAGAAUCAGCUGAAGGCAGAUUAUCUGAUGUCUCUGGAGAGUUCAGACGUGCUGCUGGAGGAGCUGGGGGUUCAGCUUUUAAACAGCGGCGUCUACAGUUCACCACAGACUGUGACACAAAGCAUCGACUCGGUGACCUCCAGCGACGUCCUCAAAGCUGCGAGGAGGUUUGUUGAAGGCCAGAAGAGCAUGUCGAGUUGUGGAUAUCUGGAAAACACACCGUUUCUGGAUGAGCUGUGAGGAAGUCCCGCUCUACAGUGCAGAUGUUGUUCAGCUCUUUCCUGAGUGUACAACUGAUCUGAGAGCUGUCUGAAAGCCGGACUGCUGUCCACACUUGUUUUCUGCUCAGAUCAUCAUGAAGUCUGGUGUUCAGUCUCGCUUUAUUAACAUCAGUUUCAUCUGUUUGACUGUAUGUCUGAUGUAGAUUCAUUAAAACAGAUCUAUCAGUGA